AUGCCAAACGGAAACUGGAUCCUCGGAGACCUGUUCACCAAGGACUACGGCCACGGCGGCAGUAUCCAAAAGCUCUGGGAACAACGUUGGAAGUUCCCAUGCACGAAGGGUGUGUAUCCGUUCCACGAUGGGAAGUUCGAAGACUUCGAGCCGGUUUUCAAUCACUUGAUCGAGAACAAUAUCAACGACCCAUAUGAUAAUGCGUAUACAAAUGCGUUCGUACCCACUGCACAACGCCUAGUGAAGGAGGCAGACGAUGAAGCAAAAGAUGUUGAGACGAGGAAGAAGCUCUACCUCAACGCCAAUGCUGUAUAUAGAUUGGCCAGAUUUCCCUACAUCGGCACUCAGCUCAAGGCGCGAGUGUUUGAGGAGCAAAAAGAAGUAUACAUGAGAGGAUCGAAGCUCUGGAGCCAUCCCAUCUCCGAGAUCACCAUACCGCACAAGCACGCCGCAAAUGGCGACGCAUCCAAAAUCCCACUGUACAUCCGCAAACCAUCAGGCAACGGUCCGUUUUCAACCAUCCUUCUUAUCACUGGCCUUGAUGGUCACCGCCCCGACAACACGGAACGCUCGCAAGAAUUCCUCGAUCGGGGUUGGGCUUGCGUUAUCUGCGACAUCCCUGGCACGACAGUCGAUUGUCCUGCGAACAAGCGCGAUCCGUUAUCACCCGAUCGCCUCUUUGGUUCGAUAUUCGACUUCAUCCAGGAUACGCCAUAUCUGGAUGAGAGGAAAGUCGUCGCAUGGGGCUUGAGUGCGGGUGGAUACUACGCCAUUCGUCUCGCGCAUACGCAUCGCGAGAAGUUGAUUGGGAGUGUCGGUCACGGCGCUGGUGUACAUCACUACAUUGGACGUGAGUGGUUGGAGCAGGUAGGUAAGCAUGAGUAUCCAUUCGGACUGGAGCGUGCAUAUACGCAAAAGUAUGGGUAUGAGUCGUUUGAAGAGAUGAAGGAAAAGUGUCAGGAUGAGUUUAGCAUGAUUAGCGCAAAGGGUGAAGAGGUUGCUGUUGUCGGUCAAGGGAUGAAGAGUUGCAGGAUGCUGUUGAUCAAUGGUACGCUGGAUGGCUGCAUGCCGAUCGAAGAUAGCAUGGUGUUGGCAGAGUAUGGGAGUCCGAAGGAGAUGCGGUUUGUACAAGGAAGGGCACACAUGGGAUACCCGGAGGCGAACUCAAUUGUGUAUCCGUGGUUGGAGGAGGUUAUGCGAACAGGAUGA